CGCCCAGCAAUUGAAGAUUGAAAUUUGAUAUCUGGCUCUCUUUUAUUUUCAAUUCACAUAGUUAAUCAAGUUAACAGUCUUGCUCAUUAAUACAUCUAUCGCCGUACUCUCUAUGACAAGCUACUGUACUGUGCUAAUCUGACUGAAGUAGAGACACGGUGCAAUAUUGACGUUUGUGUCUGGGAGCCUUGCAUCCGAAAUUUAUUGCCAGGCCUUGUUUCGAUGGCCAAGCUCUUCUUUUCGUCCCAUUGCAGCCGGCAGCUGCGCGGGGCGGCUCUCAGAGCCUCCCGAUUGAGCGCAUUUGUUCCUUGUUUCGUUGCAAAUAAUGCUCCCUUAUACCCUAACACUUGGAGUGAAAAGUACUUUAGCGCAUCUACACGACCUUCUAAGAGCCUCGGCCGCUUACAAAAAACGACAUGCAUGGUCACGGGCGCCUCGUCAGGAAUUGGCUUUGCCAUAACGCAACGUAUGCUACUCGAAGGCGCUGACAAAGUCAUUCUCGUCAGCCGAAGCGAGGAGCGUUUGAACAGCGCAUUGGAGCGGCUAGGGGAGAUAGUUCCAUCGCGGCCCGUUAAAAAGGAAGAUGCGGCAAAAGCACAAAAAGAGGAAUCCGCAACCACCGAAUCCAAGCGAUGGGGAGGCUUCGCGUCCAAAUCCCAAGUGCACCUGUCCGUGAAUGAUCGGGUGUCCUUGGUCAUCGGAGAUGUUGGAAACCCAUCAUUUUGGUCUGAAGACGUUAAAAAAGUCAUGAACCAAGUCGAUAUUCUUGUUAACGCUGCCGGUGUUUCGCACACUUCGCUCCUCCCUUUCGCUAAGGACGAGGCUAUUUCAGACAUGCUUGACACAAAUCUUCGAGGAACUAUAUUCGCCUGCCGAGCUAUGGCUAGCCGUGUUCUUCGUAAACCAUCAUCACGCGGCAAUGGAGACUCAAAAUGCAUAAUUAACAUAUCGUCCCUUCAUGCCGUGAAGGGAGGCAUCGGAGCAGCUACAUACGCAUCCACUAAGGCCGGAGUGAUUGCUCUAACACGUGCAAUUGUAGCAGAAGCUGCGGCGUCCAGACACGGAGUCAGACUCCGUGCAAACGUCAUUGUCCCAGGCUACAUCGAGACAAAGAUGCUUGACGAGCUGAGUCCCCAAAUCCGCGAGGAAGCACGGUUGUCCGUCCCACUUCAGAGAUUCGGCACGUGCGAGGAGGUCGCCGAUGCAGCCCUUUUCCUGGCAACGAACCAGUACGCCAACAAUUGCGUUUUAAAUCUCGACGGUGGACUAAGUGCUCUGUAAGAAAAAUGUAGAAGGGUGAAGAGAAGGAUCAUACUGAGGCCGAAAAUAGCCAGAACGUGCAAAAGAUACAGUUACAAUGUGUCGCGUCAUAUUUCCGUCCGAUCGCGAGAAAUAGACAAAAAUAAAAAAAGGAAAAGAAAAGAAAAACAAUUCCUGUUCCAUCCAGAGCAAUGCAGAAAUGCAACACAGAGAGCCAACGACUUCGAGCCAAAGCUUUAUCACCCGUAUAGUUUUGCGCCGGAAAUCCCCAUUGACCUCACAUAUCCUCCCAUGUAUGUACAGGAAUAUGAAAAACAGAACACCAAUAGCAAGAUAUGAUGACAUAGAAUCUAGAAGAGCUUUUUUGCGACCGUGAUUAAUUGGUUCACAUCAAAAGAUUGAUGAAAAAAUGGUAGAAAGGAUACCGCUCGUCUUGGAAACGGAUGGGUUGGAUGUCCGACUCGACCGGGUUGGUAUCUCACCGAUCAAAGGGGAACGGUUUAAGCAGUGAGUUGCGUGGGUUUGAUUAAUGGUACUAGAAGGGACUAAUCAUCGAUUAGAAUCGCGCCUGUAUCAUCAUCUAGGACAAUCGGAUUGAUGUCGCCGCCAUUCGUGUCGAUUUUCGCAACUUUCCUAGCUAGAGGAUCGCCAUUUUCGAGCUCUGCUUCCUCUGCAGUUCGUUUUCUUUUGCCUGGCGUACCGUUGGUCUGCUCCGCCGCACCAUUUGUGGUGACUUCUGGUGCAGGCACGUUGGGUUUAGCCGGGAUGGUGACUUCAGUCUCAAGAGAUAUUGGCGACUCUGGUUCAGGAGCCCGUC